AUGGCUCAGCCCCAAGGCUCCGGCCUAGGUCCGUUAUCCAGAAAACGUAAAGCUAGCGGAAGCCCUGGCCCAGUGCCCAUUAAGGUGGCUAAUUUCUCGAAUGCAAAACUGCUGAUGGACUAUACCGAAGAGCUGGAUGAGGUUGAUCAAGAAACUUCAAUAGUAUUCAAUUCAGUGGGCGACGUUGGUGAAUACGAUAUCUCUGUUCUUGGUUCCGCAGUGCAAGAUGACCAUGGGAAUCCGGCCUUUUAUUUGCCCAAAAUUGAUUUCGAUGGUUGCUUCAGUAACUUACCUACCAAGCUGCAUCCGGAGAACAUACCUAGAUAUCGAUAUCAAAUUCGACAGCUUAUUCUUCUGAUGCACCUAUGGCUUGUGCAGCUCGGAGAUGUGCGGCUCAGGACGCUCCAGAACAUUAAAGAAGCACACUCAUUUUGGAUUUCCAGAGGCCAGAAUACAUGGGAAGGAAGAACAUAUGCUUAUUACCAGGACUGGCUACCUGACGCUAUUUGGAGGCUGAGAACUAACAUACUAUGGAUAUGCGGCCACGGAAGACAAGGACGUCCGCCACGACCAGGCCCCGUAAAAAGGGGCGAAUUUCCCCUCCUGGCUGAAGGCCGGAGACGAUGCAAAGAGAGGCACGAUGCGCUAUGCCAUAAAAAUGACAAGGCAAAUGACCAAACACCAACGAUCGAAACACUUUUAAAGAUAAAAGAUCUCUGCCGUCAGGUAAUGCAUGAAUUUUCCGGCGACUCCUUUGCUUCUAGGCCUAAGGCACUCUUAGCAAAUACAGGCGAAAUAAUAACUAAUAUAGCUGAUGGACUAUGCACCAGCUAUCCGGGCUCGGUUCCUCGGUCAAAAAAGACGGUGGCAUUGAAGCUGCGGAUAAAACAGCUAUCAGGAGCGUAUGGGAGCCAGGCUCAAUUUCUGAUGCAGCCCCAGGAAGUAUCGCCAAGGUACCCAUACGUUAAUAUAUGUGGUCAUGCCACAGAGGAGGAGGACUUGCCUCUCGCAUCAAGGGUUAGGGAGAGUAAAGCUCCUUGA